ACCGGGGUAAAGGGGACAGAGGGGUUGUAUUUUUAUAAACCAUGUGUUCUCCCGCGCGCCUGACAGUGAUAGAGUAGAAAGGUCCCGGAGUGGAACUGGUGUGCCUUUCACCCACCGACAAAAGGAAGUGAGGCCGACUCCACCGGGGCUCCACUUGGAAGCACACAUAAAAGAAAAAAAAAAGAAAAAAAAGACGACUUUGUCAAAGUUAAAUAACAACAAAAAGUGUCCGUAAGAAGACGAACGAGGCGGGGCAGCAUGGAUCUAAAGAACCCGUCCAAUGGCUUCGCUUCAGAAAUCAUCUUGGACAAGUUGCAGAAGAUCGCCGCAGAGGCCAUCCUGCCGGGACGCUUCAUCCUCAGACUCCUGAACGCUGCUCUGGAGUUUGUUACAGACUUGCUUGCGGGACUUUUAAGAAGCGGCCUGGUCAGGAGACAUUUCCACCUCAUGCUGUCUGCCUUGGUUCUCUUCGGGCCCGUGCUCAGUUUCUGGGUAUCCAAGUACAACAUUUUUGCAAACAGCCACCACUACCUGUACAGGAAGUUCCUUAAAUCCACUUGGGGCUGGACCUGCAUCUUCGCAGGCUCCUUCAACCUCCUCCUCUCCCUCUACGCCCGCCGCCCCCCCUCCCUCUCCCUCCGCCACCUCUCUCGGAUAGCCCUGGUGGGCUUCCUGUGGUGGGGCUGCCGGCGCCUCCUGACCCUGCUGGAGGACGCUGCCGGGACCUGCUACGAGCCAAUGCCCGUCGCCCAGGACGCGCAGAGCUCCGCCUCCCCGGCGCAGCCCCUGCUGCUCCUGCACGAGGACCAGACCAAGGCCUCCUGCCUCAGAGCCAACAUGCUGUGGAGGGGUUACGAAGUGUCCCAGGACGUCCUCAUCCUCUGCCUGUGCUGCCUGCUGCUUGUCGAGGAGGCGUCCGUGUUCGGCGUCCAUUUGGCCCGGGGGAGGCCCCUGAAGAGGACGCCCGGCGCGCCGCUGAGGUUCGUCUUCCUCCUGUGUGUCGUCCUGCUCGCCGUGUGGAUUUUCCUGCUGCUGUGUUUGCUUGCGCACUUCCCCAAGUUCCCCGCGCAGCAGCUGGGAGGAGCUCUGGGCUACCUGGCGUGGAGAGGACUCUACCAGGGGUGGUACCGGCUCGGGCCGAGCUGGGGGUCUCCCGGUUUGCCGGGAGAGGGAGAUUUAACCACCACAGACGCGCAGAAACAACAACACCAGUAACCUGGUU